AUGGUGUGUUUUACGCACAUUGUUCUAUUUUUCUUCUUUGCUGCACUUUCAACAAUUGAUACUCGUUCGAUUCAAGAAAAUUCUGAUGUUGAACUAUUAAUACAAAAUCGUAUAAUUGAGAAAAAACAGCUAUCAGCUACUAUUGCUAGCUAUCGUCAUCGCUUUGAACAUUCACCGAAUUUUAAAAAACUUCGAUGGGCACUGAGUGAAAAACUUACUCCACCCUAUUGUGAAUUUUGUCAUCUAUUCGUACCUGCGAUUCGAUUUCUCAUCGAAAUUAAUGAAACAAUUCAUGUAGAAAAUGUUACACUUGCUUUAUGUAAAGAUAUUCAACUUUUUCUUAAUAUUGAAGUUUGUGUCGGAGCAGUACUAGAAUAUAAGGACGCUGCAAUUGAAAUAUUUUCUAUGUCUCCACUUACUAACAAAGAACUAUGUGCACUUGCUUUUGAUUGUGAAGAUCAAAAAGAUUUUCCUAUUCUACGAUGGAAUGUUACAAUACCUGGUUCAAAACCAUCUCCACGACCACCACAACCUCCUGCUUCUGGAUCACCUAAACUCAAAGUUCUUCAUCUAUCUGAUAUUCAUGUGGACUUUGCUUAUAAACCUGGUACACAAGCAGAUUGUCAUAAACCAUUAUGUUGUCGUGAUGGUCCAACUGUACCUGGUCCAAAUGGUGCUGGCUUUUGGGGUGAUUAUCGUAAUUGUGAUUUACCAUACUGGACAGCUCAAAGUAUUCUUAGAUAUGCUUCUGAAUUAGAAGAAGAUAUUGAUUUUAUAUAUUAUACUGGUGAUCUACCACCUCACAAUGUUUGGAAUCAAUCUCGUGCUGAUCAACUCUAUUCACUCACAACUAUUAAUCAAUUAUUAGCUGCUACUUUUCCCAAUAAAACUUUUUAUCCAGCAGUUGGUAACCAUGAAGCAGCACCUUGCAAUAUGUAUCCUACACCUAGCAUCCGAACGGAUAAUAUUACAUGGUUAUAUGAAGCAUUAGCUGAUAGUUGGGCCACACUUGGUUUACCUGCUGAUACACGUGAAAGUAUUGUACGUGGAGCUUUCUAUACAACUAUUGUACGUCCUGGUCUUCGAUUAAUUUCACUCAAUAUGAAUUAUUGUGCACCGGAAAAUUACUGGUUGUUUGUCAAUGCUACUGAUCCACUUGGUCAACUUCAAUGGAUGAUACAAUGGUUACAAUACGCUGAAGAUCAUGGAGAGAAAGUUCAUAUAAUUGCACAUCAUCCUCCACGUUCUUGUUUAGCAGCGUUUAGUUGGAAUUUUCAUCAAAUUAUCAAUCGAUAUGAGAAUACAAUUGCUGGUCAAUUCUAUGGUCAUACACACAAUGAUGAAUUUAUUGUGUUUUAUGAUGAAGUUGAUAAAAAACGAGCAGUAUCAAUGGCUUAUGUAACACCUUCAUUAACUCCUCAAUCAUUUUUAAAUCCAGGUUAUCGUAUUUAUACAAUGGAUGGUGCUUAUGAAAAUAGUUCCUAUUGGGUACUUGAUCAUCGUACAGUUAUUAUGAAUUUAACAGCAACGAAUAUGUAUAAUAGAACUAUUUUAUUGAAUGAAUAUGAAGCACGAGAUGCUUAUAAAAUGGAAAAUUUAUUCCCUGCCGAUUGGGAUAAUCUUAUACAACGAAUGCAAAAUGAUAUAGAUGGUCCAUUAAUGAGUUCAGCAUAUCAAUAUUAUACAAAAUCAUAUGCUAAUGGUACUAGUUGUAAUCGCAGUUGUCGUCGAGGAUUAUUGUGUAAUUUUAAAACAGCUCGUUCUGAUGAUCCUCAUGCGUGUGAUUCUAUUCCAUCUUAUUAUUGA